AUGAUUAUUGAUGCGGAUAAACUUAUUCCACUUAUUGCCGCGAAACCAGUGCUCUGGGAUAGAUCGUUGCCGCAGCACCAUAACCAAUUCAAAAUAAGAAAACUUUGGAGACAAGUUUCGGAGGAGUUGGGCUCACAACUACCGACAGCAGCAAUCGAAAAGGAUGCAUCAUCAAGCUCAAGUGAUGAGGAAAUGAAACACAGGACUGAAAAGCAGAGCAGCUGCUUGCAACCGCCACCACAACAGCAACUGCAACCGAUUGAAUUCGUGGAAUCAGUAGCACCGAAAGCAAACACUAUUAUUGAUGAUGAAGAUAAAGGUUUCUUUCUUAGUCUUUUGCCUCAUGUUCGCAAGUUAGAACCUGAAGACAAACUCGUGUUCCGCAUGGAGGCACAAAAAUUAGUUCACCAGUGUGUGUAUAGAAAGUCCCAAUUGAUAACUUAG